CUGUCAUCAAGCGCAAGCACACACAGUAGUGCAUAAUCAUUCAUAUUUCGUAUAUUAAAUCGAACGACAUAAUUCUCAGUGCAAAAUGAAUGCAUUAAAGUCUUUCAGAGAAACUCUAUCAACAGCAAAAAAUAUACUUAUUUUGACAGGUAGUGGGAUAUCUGCGGAAUCUGGUGUGCCGACUUUUCGUGGUACCGGUGGUUUUUGGCGAAAGUAUCAAGCUCCGAGCUUAGCGACGCCGGAAGCUUUCGCGGCUAAUCCAUCAUUGGUAUGGGAGUUUUACGAAUAUCGAAGGACAUUGGUUAGCAAAGUUCACCCCAACAAGGCUCAUGAAGCAGUAGCCGAAUUUCAAAGUAGAUUGUCAAAAGAGGGUAGAAAUGUUACAGUUGUAACUCAAAACAUUGAUGGCCUACAUCAAAAAGCCGGUGCCAAAGACGUAGUAGAGCUUCACGGAUCACUGUACAAAACGCGAUGCACGAAAUGUAAAACGAUCACUUUUAACGACACGAUUCCAAUAUGCCCUGCUUUAGAGGGAAAAAUAUCUCCAGAUCCCAACUUUGUGUCAUCAGACAUUCCUAUUGAAGAUUUGCCAAGGUGCAACCAAGGCAAUUGUCAAGCUCUCUUAAGGCCGGAUAUCAUAUGGUUUGGAGAGGGUCUUGAUCCUGAGGUUCUCAACAAAGCAAGUCAAGCAGUAGAAACAUGCGAUGCUUGUUUAAUAAUAGGCACUUCUUCCAUUGUCUAUCCUGCAGCAAUGUUUGCUCCUCAAGUCGCCAAAAGGGGUGUUUCAGUAGCAGAAUUCAAUGUGGAGUCUACUCCAGCCACAAGAAAAUUUAAGUACCACUUUGAGGGACCAUGCACGAUCACGGUACCUGAGGCAUUGGCACCAUAAAUGAAAUAAAUGAAUGAUGAGUAUUUUGA